CAGAUAACAAUGAUCCUUUUGUUUCGAACUUUGUAAAAUGCUCAUUUGUCCAAUCUGUCACUCCUUGUAUGGACCAGAUGAUGAAAUAGUGUUUCUCAAGUGCGGCCACUUGUACCACAGCUCAUGCGUGAACCGAUGGUUCCAGACAUGUCCUUCAGGCCGAAAACGGGAAUGCCCCAAUUGUCGCAAAAAGGUUUCGGGCAAACCGCUACCGGCAUAUGGCCAGUUCGAACCUGACAUUCAAACUUCUGCCCCAAUUCGCAUAAGCUCAACAGACAGUACAAGCAACAAUUCAGGAUCCUGGACCUCGAUUUCGCUGGACGAAAUUAGCGAAGUUGCCUUAAUUGACAAAUGGUCAGCUUUCAAGAAGGAAUGGCUGUGCAGUAAAAAGGCAAAAAGUAACGAGCUUACGGACAAGCUCGAGUGUGAGUUCGUGGAAGCGCUGAAGAAAUUGAAUGGAUUCGCAAAGCAGCUUAAGAAAAGUGAAAAUGAAUGCAAGUCAUUCAGAAAUCUACUAUCUAGCAAGGACCUGCAAAUAAAUUCUCUUUGUGACCAAGUUCAAAGCCUGAACGCGACAGUGUCAACUUCGGCAACCGAACAUUCAAGAGUUAAAGAAGAAAAUAAGGCUCUACAAAAUCGAAUCGCGCUACUGAACAAGGCAAAUUUCACCUUGGCUACUGAAAAUUCGGAGCUGUCUGGUCUAAAAUGGCUGAUUCCAAUCGGAGAGUUGGUCAGGAAAAGAAGUAACGAAAUGGAAAAAAGAGUGUGUCACUUCAAGAAGCUGGCUGCUGAAAAUGGUGGAAACGCCGACGAGGCUCUUCAGCUGUUGAUUAACUACUGUGUCUUAGUGGACUCGGAAUUACAAGAGACCAAGUCCGAAGCUGAGAAUCUAAGAGCUGAGUUGAUCGGUAGAACUUCCUCCAAACACUUGAAAGGAACAGGAAAGAAGACAGCAACAGCUAAGAAGCGUGCAUUAGGAGCCAUGUCACUCACGCCAGUUUCGAAAAGAAUUUCCAGGUAUUACAAUGAGAGCACGGACGAUAGGGACACUGAAGCGACAGAGCCAUUGAGCAAACAGAGGAAAACGGCUGGUUGUUUCAGCGCAACAACUGCAACAGCAGCUAACUGUUCAACUCGCAUUACAUCAAGGUCCAAUGGUUUUAGUAUCAAUGGUCCCUUUUUGAAUUGUAGUUUCGGCUUCUCCGACAGUCCAUGGACUAUUAAAACAACUGCCAGUGGGACAGGUGAGCCCCUGGAUCUGUCAUUCGGCUCAUCCCAAGAAGACUCUUCUGCGGCUCCUUCCACAAGCAACACUCUGCAUGUAGCUUCGACAUCAUCAGCAUCAUCUUCUUCCGCUAGCAUUGUGCAGAUCAAGAAUGAAAAUGAACAACUCCAAAUCAAUUCCACUUCAGCUCCAACUUGUUCACAACUUGCUUCUUCUGGUGCUACUGGGAAUACCACUACCACUUGUAACACACAACAGACAAGCAUGACAGAGGACUGGGCGGGAGUGGAGUAUGUGGUGCUGGAUGAUGACAUCAUGGUCCAGAGGCCUCCCCCGCCCCUGUUUGUGGACCUCACUUGCGAGGAACCAGACUCAGACGAGACCAGUUCAUCUUCAGACACAAACAGCUCCACAACUUCUCCUUCCACCUCGCUGUCAUUUUAAACUGAGAACAGAAGUCUGAGAUGAAACUGAGAAUUUUGUGCCAUUGAUGAAUGAAAACGGGGUUAUUAAUGGGGCUCUUUUCUAGUUUCUCACCCAUUCCACACUUGUUCCAACAUUUACAACCUCCGUUUUAAAAUGUACUUCAACUCAAAAUUUGAUAAUCAGAACCAUCUCUAAAACGUGUCACGGGUAAA